AUGUCCGGAGUAUGUGCUCGCAACACUGAUCCCGGGCCCCGAGCCGACACGUCACCUAACAAAAUACUCUCAACAGAGCAAUUCAUUGAAUUCUACUACCAACAGUUCGACACUGACCGCAAGGCACUUUCUGCUCUCUACCGCGAGCAGUCUAUGCUGACUUUCGAGUCCACUUCCGCUCUCGGUGUCGACGCCAUCGUUGCGAAGCUCACGUCUCUUCCCUUCGAGAAGGUCAAGCACCAGGUGUCUACCCUCGAUGCUCAGCCUAGCAUGGUCGAGGGCGGUGUCGUCAUUCUCGUCACCGGCCAACUUCUUGUCGAUGAGGAGCAGCGCCCCAUGAACUACACCCAGGCUUUCCAGCUCGCCCGUGACCAGGCUAGCGGACAGUACUUUGUGUUCAAUGAUGUGUUCAAGCUGGUCUACGGUUAA